UUCUCCUUCCAGCAGACCAUUCUAGUUCUUGGGUGUGAGAAGUUGACAGACCUCAGAGACAAAAUCACAUGUGUUAAUGAUUUAGCUCUGGCAGGAGACCUUAGUGAAAACCCAGACUUCACUCCAGAACACUAUGCCAAGGAUCUCUACAAAUCUGGGUUUUUCUACAGAGGGUGUUUUUACAAUGAUUUCCGUUACAGUGGUGCAAUUGACUACAGCCAAGUGAUUCGUGACUGGGCUAAGGACCCGGCCCGGGAGAUAGGAGCCAUGCAGACAGCUUCCAUGGAGGACACGCCAUUCCUGGACCUGACCCUCAGACUGGGACAACCCUACGUUUACAUGCACCAGGGGGACUGUGAACACCUCAUUGUAUUCUCUGAUAUCAGGAUAUUAAGUCCUCAGGAUACACAAGAUAUCAGAGAGUAUCCUCUUGUAACACACAAACGUCUAAAGAACCAGACCAAAUGCAGAGUCUGCCAAAUGCAUGCUUCAAGAUGGAUGGCAUACAACAGUGAGCAUGCUCCUGAGGAUCCCAGCUUUUUCUGUGAACAGUGUUUCCGAUCUCUACAUUAUGACCAGCAUGGAAACAAGAUAGGAAUUUCCAGGCGUUUAGAUUCUUUGACAGUAAUUCUGUUAUAUAGUACUCACAGGAACAAUAAGGAUUUCACCUGAACCUUGAUAGUAAUAAAGAUACUUGUGAAUUGUGAUGCCUCCCUCAAUGCACAAGGAAAUCAACAGUCCUCCUGAUAACUUACCCAGUGCUUCAGUUACAGUGAGUGUAUAGUACCAACCGCAAGGAAACCUCCAGUCAUUUAUAGGCUCAGCUACUGCUUCACAGAUUAAUUAAUAAAGAAAACCUAAAAGGGACAGUCAGAAAUUUACAGCAUUCUAUAGAAAUAUAUUACAUUCAGGAUGAGCGUUUAGCAUUCGGAUACUGAUGCAAAUUAUGUUUUAUUUCAUUAAUGAAACAACUCAUUCUUUUAUACAAAAACAUUAAGAAUGUAAUUAAGGAUGUAAUUAAUAUAAACUGGAAGAACUACACAGAUUCUUAUCAAUUUUGAAUUGUUAACCUAGAAUUUUAAAAUAUCA